AUGGUUUGGUUUUGUGUAGGCGACGACGUGGUGACCGAGGCGAACUGUGUUGCCUGCCAGUCAGUCGUCAUAAGUCAGCAUGCAGAGUCGUCGUUGUUAUCAAUAUGCAAUGACACAACCAUGGGCAAUCUUCGGCUGAACGCUGGUGGAGAUACAGAGGCGCCAUCUGGAGACGUUGAUGACUCACUUGAGGUUUCUUCUCUGCGAACGGAGUGUCCGAGUCUCAUCGGUGGUUGCUUGAAAGCGUCGCGUGUGGAGGACCACAAUCGGCGCGCUUUCGACCGUGUGUCUGUGGCGGUAGCAAGGAUCCAAGACGCUGUGGAUGAGUGGUCGGUGAAGGCGGCGGCAGAAAUGCCGAUGGCUCUCAGUGGACCUGACGACGUCGACUGCGUGGUUGGUGAAGACGAUAGAAGGGAUUAUUCACGGCGUCGUGAAACGCACGUGUCGUUUUCAAAAGUGAGAGGUAAGCACAGUGAAUGGGCGGAUCAGACCGAAGCAGGCGAAGUGGAGGAAGCGAUUGAGGAAGAAGUGAGGACCAUCCCCUUGCGAGUACACGAAGCAAUAGUGGCGGAGUAUGAGGCGCGCUGCAACCAGUUAACGAGUGCAAAUGACGAACUUGAGAAGACGUAUGUGCAGUUGUCGAAGGAGUUGGAAUCGGCGUGCAGAAACCACUCGGAGUCAAUAGCUACUCUUCAAGCGACCAUGGUUAGCAAGAGUGACUACGAUGAACUUGUUGGCAAACUGACACAGGCGCAGAAUGUCGCACGUGAGCUUGAGAACCGGGCAAAUGAGUUGCAGACUUCCGAGAAGACAAUGAGGGAUGCUGAGGCGAAGAAUGCGGCCCUGUUGGAAGUAGCUGAAUCGAGGCUUGCUGCUGCGGAAGAGAGGCGCGAGCGUCUUGUCGCGCGAGAAGUGGAGUUGCUGGAUGAGAUGGAGGCGAAAGACGUGAAGAUAUUGGUUCUGGAGAAUAACCUCCAGGCUGUGCUCAUGACGGCGGCUGAAACCCAAGUAGAGCUUGAGAGUUUGAGUCGCCGAAUGGUAGAGCUGGAGGAGGCGGCGGAGGGCCGAAACUCGAGGCGCUCAUCUGCCUCGGACAUGGAGGAGAAGGCUCGGAAGUAUUCCGAGUUGAAAGCCGUUGCCUUCAAGCUGAAGUCGCGACUGCACAAACGGACUGAAUUGCUGGAAAGCAGCAUGAAGGAGAAUAGACACCUGCGACGAAUUGCUCACGAGAACGAAAGGCGCGCCAAGGGGUUCCUUGAGGAGUUGGAGCGACUGCGUAGACAAAUAGUGAAGAAGAAUGCUGUCAUUAAGAAGCUGAUGGCGGUGGUACGUUCGCUGCCUGUUCGUCAUUUUGGCGCGAGGCCGUGUGAAGACGCGCCACAUGAAACCCACAAGCCUCCAAGACGUGCACGCUCCGUAGAGUCGAGUUGCAAAGGGUCUGGACACGAAGUCGCCCCGGAUGUUGGGGAGGAGUGUGUUGGUGUGGCGGUUGCCACUGCAGAGCCUUGUACAACCUCUGAUUUGUCUUCAAGUGAUGCUGAAUGGUACAAACGCGCUCACUUUAUUGUUGACUCUGAGUGUCUUCAAGAUGUCAUGAGGGGUGAGGAAAAGUCCACUUAG